GUUGAAACUACAUAUUCCCUUCAAUUGGCCAUAGCGAAGUGGAGCUGCCUAAAAAUAGCUAAUCACAGACAGACAUUGAACAGUCCCGUCCCAGUAAAUCGUCGUGCCUCACAUGUUGUCGGUGUAUGUGUGUGCGUUUGCCUGCGAGUGAAGUGGAAACCUGUUUAAAAAUAAAACAAGGCCGAGACGGAAAAACAGUGCCAAGUGACAUCCAUCCGCAUCAACGAUAACAAAGCCCCCAAGGACGCAAUCGUCAGUAACAGCGCCGCGCCGAAAGGAUAGCCAAGGAUAGUGGUAGUGCUUCGUAGGCCGUUGAGUAGCAUGCUAUCUGCAGUUAUGGCAUCGGACAUCAAUUGCGAUCCAGCAUUGUCUAAAUUGUUUACCACGCUCAAGGAGUCAGAGAACCUCUCCAAUGACCAGGAGAUUGAUUUUCUGAAAGCCCUGCUCGAAUCCAAGGAGCUGAAUGCUCUGGUCAAUGUGCACACAAAGGUGGCCAAAGUGGGCCGGAAUGAUCGCCUGGCCCCAGUGCUCUCCACCUCUGCCCAGGUGCUGUACGAGGUGCUGGAGCAACUAUCGCAGCGCUGCCAUCUGAGCGAUGACUGCAAGGAGGCCUUCCACCUGCUGCAGGAUGCCCAUGUGCAGCAUUUACUGUUUGCGCACGAUGCCAUCGCCCAAAAGGACUUUUAUCCGCAUCUGCCCGAGGCGCCCUUCGAGAUGGACGAGGAGCCCAUUAAGAUCGUGCAGUUGGUGAAGAGCAACGAGCCCCUGACAGGAGCACAGAGUGCGGAGCCAAUUGUUGGGGCCACCAUUAAGACGGACGAGGAGACCGGCAAAAUAAUCAUAGCUCGAAUCAUGCACGGCGGCGCUGCCAAUCGCUCUGGUCUGAUACACGUCGGCGACGAGGUCAUCGAGGUCAACAGCAUUAAUGUGGAGGGCAAGACACCCGGCGAUGUGCUCACCAUACUGCAAAACUCGGAGGGCACCAUCACCUUUAAGCUGGUGCCCGCUGACGCCAAAGGCGCCCAGCGCGAGUCCAAGGUGCGGGUGAGGGCCCAUUUCGACUACAAUCCCGAUGUGGAUCCGUACAUACCGUGCAAGGAGGCGGGCCUGGCCUUCCAGCGCGGCGAUGUCCUCCAUAUUGUGGCCCAGGAUGAUGCCUACUGGUGGCAGGCACGCAGGGAGCACGAGCGCUCCGCCCGCGCUGGCCUCAUCCCGAGUCGCGCCCUGCAGGAGCGUCGCAUCAUCCACGAGCGUACGCAGCGGGAUGGCAAUGAUCUGGACUCCAAGCCCGGUUCAUGCGCAUCACUCUGCAACACCACCCCACCCCGCUCCCUCCGACUGCACACGAGCAGCAGCAGCUCGUCGUGCCGCCAGCCCAAGACUAAAAAGAUCAUGGACGACUUGGCAGAGAACGACGACUUUGAUCGCGAGCAGAUCGCAACCUACGAGGAGGUGGCCAAGCUCUAUCCCCGGCCUGGCAUCUUCAGGCCAGUGGUGCUCAUCGGUGCCCCUGGUGUGGGUCGGAAUGAGCUGCGCCGCCGUCUGAUAGCCCGUGAUCCCGAGAUAGAAGAAAUGUAGUUGAAUAGUUGAGGAACGAAUAGGAACUAUAGAGAGACACUAUGACACCAUAGCAGGCGGUCCUGCUGCUGGGCUGGUACACUCCCGUCCAACUUUAGUCCUUUCACGACAAGUACCUUUUUGCGUAACAGUGAAAACAAUGAAAUGAAAACAAUAAACAAUUGAAAGAACUUAGAAACCAGCAUCUAUAGAACGGAUUAACAAUUACACUUACCAUUACAAUUACAAUUAAAUUAUGUGAAAUUGUUGUACAAAAUUGAUUAUUUGUGUUCAAAUAGAAUAACUUAAAAAAUUAAUGUAUUUAUUACACGUUGUUAAAAUCAAAAGAGUUAAUCCCUACGACACAUACCCCUAUAACUGUAACUUUACCUCUAACGCUAACUGUAUUGUAUCUCAAUUGUAUAUACACUCUCACUAUCUGGGGCAUAUUGGAUACAGUAUGGAUCUACGUUCUAUAUGUGACAUUUCUCUCAUUUCUAAGCUGAUUUCAUCUAACGAGGAGCUAUUGUGCGGCGAUUCAUUGUUAAAAAAAAGUGAGAAAUUAAUAAAAACCUAUUUUAAAA